ACAUCCGGACCCCUCAGAGAGGGGAGCCCUCCCCUGGGUCCCUGCAGCACCACUGAGCGGGGAGCCCCCACUGCAUUCAGGCCCCUCAGAGAGGGGAGCCCUCCCCAUACCCCUUCCAACCACCCAGGGCCUUUCCAGCCCCACCGAGAUGGGAGUCCCCCGCAUCUCUCUGGCCCCACCAAGUGGGGAGCCCUUCCUGCAUCCAGGCUCCAUCCGAGCGGGGAGCCCCACCACAUCCCCUCCAGCCCCCCUGCAUCCUGGCCCCAACGAGCAGGGAGUGCCUCCCACUUCCCUGUUGGCCCUACUGAGUGGGCCACCUGCUCCUCCACCUCCCAAUCCCAUCUCUCCCAAGCCACACAGAGCGGGGAAGAUCUCCAUGCACCCAGCUCACCCUAACCCCCACACUUAUCCCUCCCAGCCUCGCAGAGCGGGGAAGUCCCCUCCACACCCUGCUCCCCAAACACCCGCUGUCUCCACAGAAUGGGAGUCCUCUGCACACCCCACUCCGUCCAUGUCCCACCGGCCCCAUACACAAGGAAGGCCCUCCAGAACCCUGCUCACCCCAUUCCACAUGGCCUCACUGAGCGGGGCAGACCCUUCCAUACCCCUGCCCUACAGAACUGGGUAGGCCCCUUUUCAACCAGCUCAUUCUUUACUUCCUGCAGUCCUACAGACCAUUAUAGACACUCAUCAUACCCCAAGGCAAAUGGGGAGGAACCCCAGCUAACCUGACAGCCACAGACAGCCCCAUCUCUGGCUUGCCUUGCCCAGUGCCUAUGAGGGAGGGUGGUGAGAAGGAAGAGGUCUCUGAGCCAACAGAUUCAAUCCCUCUGAAUAUAGGCACAGCACUUUCUCCUGAGCCCGCUUUCCAGCCUAGCAAGCCAGCUUUGGUAGCCGCCCUGACCCAACUGUUGAAAUGCUGAUGUUCCUUGUCAUUUAAACAUCUCUAAGGCAUCGUCUGUAUAAACUCCAAGGACAUUCUGAAAUGGCCUUGACUUCCUUUUGAGCUAUCUUCUGCAUGUUUUAAGUUCUUUAAUUGCUCUCUUGGGAUGUUUUCAUCUAUUCACCAGCUACAGCAAAACUCAUGCUGCAGAAAAGUCACCUGCUCUCUCCAAAGAAUCCUAGCUUCCCAUCGAUGACCAGAAUGUGAAGUGCCUCAAAGCCCUUGAUGAUCAUCUGUCUGUUUAUAUGAAGUGGUAGGCAACCUCAUGGAGCAGACACCCGGGCUCCAGAGUGCCUUAACAUUUAUUCCCCCUUCACUAGAAAACUACGCACCUGAUGUUUCAGGACAACCAUUAAUAAUCCCCGCUCUUGAGGGAGCCUCGCUAUCAAAGCGUCUGCUUGUAACCAUCAUUAUUGCUGAACAAAUGGGGAUCCCCUUAUUUUUCUCAUUUUGGGCCCAACUAUGGCCUUUCUCCUGUGAGCAGUGCUGGAGGGCACCAGAGCUGUGAUAACCAAGUGAAGCUGGCCAGAGGCUAUUGGUGUGGGGCAGACAUGGACGAUUAAUGGGCAGCUGCUUCAGCCUCGCGUCUCUUCCAGACUGCGCCGGCCGGAGGAGUGCGGUGGAUCGCUAAUUACCCCGGAACCGGCCGGCUCCCGGGCCUAGCCAGGUUGGGAGCGGGAAGGAAACAGCGGCCCGAAAAAGUUACCCGGAAAGUUUGCCGGGAGCCCAGAGCCUGAGGACCGCGUCUGCGCCUCUCCCAAGCCCGGCCCGAUGUUAAUCUCCCUCCCUCCGAAAGUGGGAUUUUUACUACAGCGAGCGAGCGACAUGCAAGGCCGAAUCCAGCCCUGGGAUUUGUCUGUUUGAAAUUUGCCGUCUGGAGUGUGGGAGCUGCCGGCACGGGGGGGGGGGUGGAUCGGCCGGAGAACGUGUCCCCCCAGGGCGGAGAUCAAGGACCAUUCGGCCCGGCCGAGGGACCCCUCCCCAUGUCACAGGCAGUUCAAAUAUUGGGCUUCGUGACCCAUCCUCAAGGAUCCCUAAUGUUGAGUCCCCUGUGCCCGUCAACAAAUGCACAUGAUGAUUAGGCAACAUUCAUGACAUCAACCGAGAAAAAUCCACUAAGCCGCAGUUCUCUGAUGUCAGGAACCAGCAGUGAGACACAGGCACAAAGGUGAAUCCAUUGACCAGACCAGGGCACCGAGAGGGACGGACAGACAGAUGCACAGAGAGGCAGAUGGAGAAGAAGCCCGGUGCCAACCUGGAGAUGGGCAGCAAAAAGAAAACAAGGAGAGGUACUGUAGAAAGUGAAAGAAAAGCCUGUCUCUAAACCAGAGAGAGUCCCCUUCCAAGUACCUACCCAGCCCUGAGUGACUUCAGCGGAAGCCCGACAAGAUGCCAGAAGGGCCAAUGACAUAGGAUUGCCCCCCAUAAGCCUGUGGUGGUGGCACCCUGUGGGUGGUCACUGGGCAACUUGGACAACGAGGUUCUCCUUUUCCUUGGGACACUUCCCACUGUAUCCAAACCAUGAGGAGAAGGGAGAGAAAAGCGAAGAUGCCCAAGGAACAUUAACCCAAGGCUUCCCUCCUCUCCGACCCAGCACUCAUCCCUGCUUCCAGCAGAUAAGGAACUCCUUCUCUGCGUUGCCCUUCCAGAUGGCAGGUCAUCAGUGGGCAGUGACGUCAGCGUUGUGUGUGUGCGUGGCGGCCGUCUCUCUGCUGCACACAGGCGGGGUGCGGGCAGACUGCUGGCUGAUCGAGGGCGACAAGGGCUUCGUUUGGCUGGCUAUAUGCAGCCAGAACCAGCCCCCUUAUGAGUCCAUCCCUCAGCAAAUCAACAGCACGAUUGUGGAUUUGCGACUGAAUGACAACAAGAUCAAAAGCGUGCAGUACUCCUCACUCAGCCGCUUCGGUAACCUGACAUACCUCAACUUGACGAAGAACGAAAUCUCCUACAUCGAGGAUGGUGCCUUCUCAGGACAGUUUAACCUCCAGGUGCUGCAGCUUGGCUACAACCGCCUGAGGAACCUGACCGAGGGAAUCCUCCGGGGCCUAGGAAAGCUGGAGUACCUCUACCUCCAGGCUAACCUCAUUGAGGCAGUCACCCCCAAUGCCUUCUGGGAGUGCCCCAACAUAGUGAACAUUGACCUAUCCAUGAACAGGAUCCAGAGACUGGACAGCAACACCUUUAGGGGCCUGAACAAACUCUCAGUCUGUGAACUCUACAGCAACCCCUUCUAUUGCUCCUGUGAACUCCUAGGCUUCCUGCAAUGGCUGGAAGGCUUCACCAACAUGACGCGCACCUAUGACCGCAUGCAGUGCGACUCCCCGCCAGACUACACUGGCUACUUCUUGCUAGGCCAAGGCCGGACCGGUUACCGCAAUGCUCUGGGCAUGCUCUCCACCCUCUGCACUGGGAGCUCCUAUACCAUGAUACCUCGCUUUAUCCCACCCAGGUACCAAGUGACCACAGCUCCGUCAGAAAGCCCAUGUUCUGAGGAAGAAUGUUUCUCUGGGGACGGCACGACACCCCAGGUCUCCCUCCACACGCCCGUGGGUGAGACGGAGAUGCGCCCCAACAUCCGAGUGAAGCAUCUCACCCACAAUUCGGCCACGCUGACGGUGCAGAUCCCCUACCCAUUCAGCAAGAUGUACAUCCUGGCACAGUACGAGAACGGCUUCUCUUCCGUCGUCACCAAGCUGAAGAAGCAGAAGGAGGACAUUGAGCUGACUAACCUUGUAGCACAAAAAGACUACACCUACUGUGUGGUCUCCCUCCACCACGUCUUAAGGUACAACCACACUUGCCUCACCCUCUCCCCAAACAAAAUGAGCAGAGAGGACCCAGUGCCCACUCCCUCCACUGCCACCCACUAUAUCAUGACGAUCCUGGGCUGCCUGUUCGGCAUGGUAAUUGUCCUGGGGGUGGUGUACUAUUGCCUCCGUAAGAGGCGUCAGCAGGAGGAGAAGCACAAGAAGGCAGCUGGCAGCAUGAAGAAGACCAUCAUAGAGCUAAAGUAUGGGCCAGAGAUGGAGACAACCAGUAUCACUCAGCUGUCCCAGGGGCAGAUGCUGGGUGGGGAGACCGUGACCCGCAUCCCCUACUUGCCCUCCGCUGGGGAAGUCGAGCAAUACAAGUUGAUAGACAGCAGCGAGACCCCCAAGGCCACCAAGGGCAAUUACAUGGAAGUGCGGACAGGGGAGCAGCCCGAAAGACGAGAGUGUGAGCUCUCCAUGCCUCCUGACAGCCAGAGCUCCGUGGCUGAGAUCUCCACCAUCACAAAGGAGGUGGACAAGGUGAACCAGAUCAUCAACAACUGCAUUGAUGCCUUGAAAUCAGAGUCCACCUCCUUCCAGGGGGUGAAAUCAGGGGCGAUUUCCACUGCUGAGCCUCAGCUGGUACUCUUAUCAGAACAGAUCUCUGGCAAACAUGGCUUCCUGUCCCCCGUGUACAAGGAAAGUUACAGCCACCCGUUGCAGAGACAUCACAGCAUGGAGGCAGCUCCCAAACGCUCCAGCACUUCCUCCAGCGGCUCCAUACGUAGCCCCAGAUCCUUCCGCUCUGAGGGCUCCGGCCACAAGUCAGAAGCCAAGUACAUUGAGAAGACAUCCCCAACCGCAGACACCAUCCUCACUGUGACACCGGCGGCGGCCAUUCUGCGAGCAGAGGCAGAGAAGAUCCGACAGUACAGCGAACAUCGGCACUCUUACCCGGGGUCACACCAGGGGGAGCAGCACGACAGCAUGGGUGGGCGUAAGCCCUCCAUUCUGGAACCUUUGACCAGACCCCGCCCCAGAGACCUGGCCUACUCUCAGCUCUCUCCCCAGUAUCACAACCUGAGCUACAGCUCCAGCCCAGAGUACACAUGCAAACCCUCGCACAGCAUCUGGGAGCGCUUCAAACUCAACCGGAAGCGGCACAAAGACGAAGAGGAAUAUAUGGCGGCUGGCCAUGCCCUGCGCAAAAAGGUCCAGUUUGCCAAAGAUGAGGAUCUUCACGACAUCCUAGACUACUGGAAAGGUGUGUCUGCCCAGCACAAGUCCUGAGUCCUCACGCAGCUCGUGACUUAACACUAACUGGACCAAAAGAAACCUGCAGCAGCUAUUUUUAUCCAGACUGUCUUUCAGACAAACAAACAAACAAACCAUAAAUUAUGAGAAAAAUCUAUAAUUAGUCUAUAUAAUAUAUGAGAGAGAAAGAUUACAAAAGAUCUCAUGUCUAUGAGAUACACACCAAAUUUGAACACAAAGACUCUUAAAAAAAACAAACCUGUGGAGUGAAAAAAAAGUUUUUGAUUUUUUUUU